CGAAGGAAACAGCGGAGAGGCCGCAGAGAGUCACAAACUCACUGAUCUGAUUAAUUCAGGAAAAUCUCUGAGCAGCUUUUGUAGCUUUGUGUCGUUCAGCGUUUAAAGAUUAGUGCUUCUUUUUUUUUUAAUUUUAAAUAAAGUGCACAAGUAUAACAGCAAAAGCCUUCUCUGACCUGUCAGACAGCUGAGCGUGAGGCGCAGAGGGAGCCGACCUCCGAGUCUCUGUAACGGGGAUCAGCGCGGACAGCUCUCCGGUUCCGGUGGAGGUGUGCUUGAGGGGUGAAGGGGGGCGAAUCCGUUCCGUUUCUCAUGAAUCCGCCUCUCUCUCCGUUAUCCACUCGGUGAGGCACGCGCUUUAGAGACUCCUCGGACCCUUUUAGGAAAACAGCACCGAGGAUCAAUCACUGAGCCAUCACGGCGGCUCGGGAGAACAGGAAGCUGUUUACAGGAGCUCGGGUGCUAAUUAGGCUGAACACAAUCACCGCCACAACUCGGCCAGGAACUGGUUCUUGUGCGUCCAUGGAGCGCGCGGAGAAGCGAAGCGCCUCCGCCAUCGCCAUGUGCGCAUCUUGUACAGAGUUUUGAACAACAACAACGAAAAAAAUCUUUUCGCUUCCCAAAUCGACAGUUAGUUAUUUAUUCCUGACUCAACUUUUUUUGGUGGAGUACUGUAUUUCCCCCCGAUCAACGGACUUCACGGUAACAGUGAGUGGCGGAAAUAUUUUUUACGGUUUUUAAGCACCAUGUUUCAGCCCACACCGAAGAGAUGUUUCACUAUAGAGUCUCUGGUAGCGAAGGAUAAUAAUCCUCCUCCUCCUGUUCUACCGUCGUCCAGAUCCGAGGAGCCCACGCGACCCACGGCGGCGGCAGCGCUCAGCUACGCCGGUGCGAGCCACGUGAGCCCGUUUCUGAACGGCUUCACCGCCGGCGCGAGGGGCGUCUACUCCAGCGCGGACCUGGUAUUCGCCGAGGCCAUGUCGCACGCGCCCAGCUCGGCCGUGCCCGUUCACCCGGUCGUUCCCGCUCCCGCUCCUCAUCCGCCGCCGCCGCCGCCGCCGCACGCGCUCGCCGCUCACCACGCGCUUACUUCCUCGCACGGGCCGCACGCGCUCUUUGCCAGCCAGCAAAGGGACCCUGCAACUUUUUACCCGUGGUUAAUACACAGAUACAGAUACCUGGGGCACAGAUUUCAAGGAAACGAAACGAGUCCGGAGAGUUUCCUUUUGCACAACGCACUCGCCAGGAAGCCCAAACGGAUCCGCACGGCGUUUUCUCCGUCGCAACUGCUUCGGCUCGAGCACGCGUUUGAAAAAAACCACUACGUGGUGGGAGCAGAGCGGAAGCAGCUCGCACACAGCCUCAGCCUCACAGAAACUCAGGUCAAAGUUUGGUUUCAGAACAGAAGAACGAAAUUUAAGCGGCAGAAACUGGAGGAGGAAGGCUCGGACUCGCAGCAGAAAAAGAAAGGCACGCAUCACGUGAACCGGUGGCGGCUCGCGACAAAACAGGCGAGUCCCGAGGAAAUAGACGUCACGUCGGACGAUUAAAAAAAAAAAAGAAAGAAAGAAAGAAAGAAAAAAAAGAGAAACAACCCAAAUAAAUAAAAACACAAAUAAAUAAAAAGACUCGAGGUGUUUUUGAAGCCUGGAAAGCGCGACGUGGAGUGAAGUGGGACAUGGAUCAAGGACGCCGAGAGACAGAGAGAGAGAGAGAGAGAGAGAGCAAAGCCAAUUUCUCUUCUUCGGAUCUCGGCAGCUUGAGGGUGAGAAAAUCCUGCCGCUGUCACCACGAGGAAACUGUCAAUAGUGUUUUCCACGUUGCCAAGGCAACAUGAUUGACAGGUAGUGCGUGGCCACGCCCCCCGCCCCACCUCAACUCACUCAAAAAACAAACAAACAAACAAACAAACAAACAACUCCUAAUGCGCAUAGGACAUUUGCACUUCUGAGAAUAUUUUUUAUUC